CUAGCGUCUUGACGAAGUUGAUGCUUACUUACUGCUGGCUUUUCCCUACGGCAAAUAAGCGACCAUCUUGGCCCGUCAACGGAAGUAGUCUAGCGCUUUUAUCGUGUUGCCAGUAGAUAGCUGACUAUUAGUGACCGCUUUGGCUUUUGAAUUUGCAUUUGCCUGAAAAGAUGGCUCGGCUAAGGCCCGAGGAGGUGACACUACCGGCGCGGUUCUUGUGUAAGACAGCACACCUUGUGGCGAUAUUGACGGUAUUGUUCGACGUGGAAAUGGUCGUCAGCAACAUGGAGCAGAUAGACCCUAGCACGACCACGAGCCUCACCGACUUAAACACUUUCAGCGAUAGAAAGAAACAGGUUCAAGGCGUUUGUUAUGCCGCUAUCGCCUGCUUUGGCGUUGAGUACAUCACCCUCUUCUUGGGCAUCUCAAUGUUCUUUCCGGCAGUUAUGUCACUGAACGUUGUUUCCCACUUCUGCGGCACGGUGUUGGUCGCUCUCUUCUACACAGACAUCUGGAACUACAGCGCAUUUGUAGCAUUCUUUUUGAUAUUCAACAUCCUACCAACGGCGCUGGAGCUCUUAAUGCUCAUCUUCGUUACACGGUUCAGCUUCUUGAAGUACUAGUCCGCUGACAUGCUCAUGCCUUAGCCGGAGUGCUGACGCCCAGGGCAUUGUUAUGCAUGACAGCGCCAAUGCGUUAGCAGCGACAUUGUUGUGCUGCCAGGAGUUAAUAUGCGGGUGAACAUGCAUACCACGGUGACUGCAGAGGAAAAUGGGUUGUGUGGCCAACGAAUGAUCUUUUGCUGCAUGUGGCAUAGACACACUGAAGACGUCACAGGUGCGCAGGAUGGUGUCAAAUGGUGUACGGGCAUGUCACAAUACGGCAUGUUGUGGCGGUUCCGGAGGUGGGCUUAAGUAUUGUCUGUUAUGCAAAUACGGAGGUGUACAAACACCUGGACACGUUUGCGUCUUAUAUUCUGUAAAUGGCAGAUCAGGGUCCAGGCGGCGGUCAGGCGGAGCAGCGCCCAUCUAAACGAGCGAAGGCCGUCGUCUCCGAACGAGGCCCAGACCUUAAAGCAGAUGCACUAUUUAAGUAUAAGAUACAACUGCCACAGGCCUUCACCCCUGGAUCGGUGCAGGCGAACCGAAUUGCACUCCAGGUGGACGGGAAACGCUGUAUAGCAUAUGUCGCGAACGGGCAGCAUACGUAUGAGGCAUCUCUCGACCUGGAGGCGGCCGUGGCUGCAGUCACUCAGGAGGGCACUGUAGGCACCGGGAAGGAAGGUGUGCUGGUGCCGCGAAGCGUGCAGCUCGGUCACAUUCGCCAGCUAGAUCCCCUAUCCAACAUGGGUGCGGAGGUGCAGGGCCUCUACUCGGGGGUGCACGGCGGCCACCACGUGUUAGCAGCGGUGGACUCGGCGGGCAACGCUCGGCUGCUGGCGACCGCAUUGGGGUCGGAUGCUGCUGCUACUGCUGUCGAGGAGGAGGGCAGCCCUGUACGGCACCUCAUGUGCUUGAACGCGCCUUCCAGAGGGGAAUGCGGGUGGACGGGUCUAGCGGUGCGAUCGCUGUGCUCCUCCUCCUUCUCCUCCCAGCUGUCACCACUGACGCCGCAGCAACACGCAGCAGCAGCGGCUGCUGGCAGUGCUGCAGCUGACGUCAGCACUAGCAGCAGCAGCAGCGGGCUGCCCCCGCUGGAGGUGGCGGUGGCGCGGCAGCUGAUGCGGGACGUGAGCGUGUACCGGGAGGGGUCGCUGCUGCGGACGCUGCACACCAUGCAGGGCCCCACUGCGCUGGCCUACCUUCCUCCCGGCCCCUUUGGCGGCUGCGGGGAGGCGAGCAGCGGGAUGCUGGCGAUAGCGGAGGAGCACCAGAUCUCGCUAUGGGAUGUACGACAGGGCGAGCGCGGGGGCUGCGUACAGCGGCUUGGAGUGUACGGCGGC